UUGCCAGAGUGUAGUAAGAAAGUGGCAUUCUGUGACUGGCAACCAGCUUUGUGUCCCGGCAAAUGUAUUUGUUCCAUCGAAACCGCAAUUCUUCUAAUCAAUUGUACUGGUGCAGAGCUUGAGGCGAUUUCUCAGUUACCUCGCCCAGAGCAGUUUUCGGGAAUUGGAAAUUCAAUGCUUUCUAUUAGCCACAAUCGUUUUUAUGAGCUUCCAUCGAACACUACUCUCGGUUAUGCGAAUGUGACGUAUCUGAACGCCUCCUAUAAUCAAAUCGCUGAAAUUCUUUCCUCCCAACUUCCGCCCAAUUUGACUGUGUUAGAUGUGCGCAACAAUCGCUUAAUAGGCUUGCGAGAUGAUUUUCUGUUUGUAUACCUUAAUAAAAACUCAACACUGAAGCAAUUAUAUCUCGCUGAGAACCCGUGGAAGUGCGACUGUAGCGGUGAGCGUAUGCUGCGCGCUGUGCAAGCGUUUCACCAGCGUAUUCCUGAUGUCGCACAAUUGUUUUGCGAUGAUCGAGGAAAACAGAGGCUCUUAGAUGUCGAUGUCGCCGGCAUUUGCGCGAGCAAUAAUCCGUAUAUAAUUUUAGAGAGUGUUUUCGCUGUUGCCUGUUUUGUAAUACUCACCAGCAUUACGCUUUACUACAAAUAUCAAUUACAAGUGAAAGUUUGGCUGUACAGCCAAAAAAUGUGCAUCUAUUUUAUCAAUGAACGUGAACUGGACAAGGAGAAAACUUUUGAUGCCUUCAUCUCGUACGCACAUCAGGAGGAAUAUUUUGUCAAUCAAACACUGCUGCCUAAACUCGAAAAAGGCAAUCCAAAGUAUCGCAUUUGCACACACGAACGCAAUUGGGUUGGUGGCGCCUACAUAACCGAACAAAUUGUGGAGUCGGUGGCACAAUCGCGGCGCACGAUCAUUGUGCUGUCUCAGCACUUCAUCGAAUCGGAUUGGGGACGCAUGGAAUUUCGCACCGCACAUCAAUGUUCGCUGAAUGAAGGACGUUUGCGCAUAAUUAUUAUUAAAUAUGGUGAAAUUACAAAUACUGAGCUAUUGGAUAGAGAGCUGAAGGCGUAUUUGGAUAUGAACACGUAUUUAGUGUGGGAGGAUCAUCCAUGGUUUUGGUCGAAGCUGCGUUACGCAAUGCCACACAAGAACGGUGAAGCAAGGGAUGCUGGAAUGCUGGAAGUGAGCAGAAAGGUUUAUGUGAUGGGGCAAGUUGAGCGUAAUCGUGUGCAAUGAGGACGUAUCUAAUUUGACAAUGAGAGGGAAAGGAAUC